UAUAGCCUGCCUGCUUUCUGUGACACCUGCAGAACAAGAAGAGGCAUCUCUGCUGGGACUCUCCGUGUUUGGUUCAUCUUCACUCAGUGUUGCUUCAUCUGCCAUGGCUGAGGAAAAUCUGUCCGUGGUGCUGCACGCCCAGGGAGACCUGCGGCUGGAAAACCGCCCCAUCCCAGAGCCUGGACCUAAUGAGGUUCUGCUCCAGAUGCACUCUGUAGGAAUCUGUGGAUCAGAUGUUCACUACUGGCAGCACGGCCGGAUUGGGGACUACGUGGUCACCAAACCGAUGGUGUUGGGGCACGAGGCGUCAGGGCGGGUGGUGAAGGUUGGAUCAGCAGUCAAGCACCUUAAUGCAGGUGACCGAGUGGCCGUUGAGCCCGGCGCGCCCCGCGAGAUGGACGAGUUCUUCAAAAAUGGACGCUAUAACUUGUCUCCUACCAUCUUCUUCUGUGCUACGCCCCCCGACGAUGGAAACCUGUGCCGAUUCUACAAACACAGUGCCAACUUCUGUUACAAGUUGCCUGAUAAUGUGACAUUUGAAGAGGGAGCUCUAAUCGAGCCUCUGUCUGUGGGAAUCCACGCCUGUCGCAGAGCCGGGGUAACCCUCGGCAGCACUGUGCUCAUCUGUGGCGCAGGACCUAUUGGUUUGGUCUGCCUGCUCGUGGCCAAGGCGAUGGGGGCCUCGCAGGUCGUCAUCACCGAUCUGUUCCCCGAGCGUCUGAAAAUGGCCAAAGAGUUGGGCGCAGACUUCCAACUGGCGGUGAAGAAAGGAGACGCACCCCAACAGCUGGCCAAGAGCGUGGAGGACAAGCUGGGCGCUCAGCCUCACGUUACUAUCGAAUGCUCUGGUGUGGAGAGCAGCAUUCAAACGGCCAUCUAUGCGACACGUUCAGGAGGCGUGGUGGCGUUGGUGGGUGUGGGCGCUGACAUGGCCACGGUUCCUCUGAUCAAUGCUGCCCUCAGAGAAGUGGACAUCAGAGGAGUUUUCCGCUACUGCAACACCUGGCCGAUGGCCAUAGCCAUGUUGGCAUCCGGUAAAGUGAACGUGAAGCCCCUCGUGACCCACCGUUUCCCUCUGGAGCAGGCAGCCCAGGCCUUUGAGACCACGCGUCAGGGUCUCGGGAUAAAGGUCAUGUUAAAGUGUGACAAGGAUGACCAGAAGCCCUGAUCUGACCCGCCUGAGAGCGACUCAGCGUGACAAGCAGACAUAAACAACACUGGACAUUGAACCUACGAUAGAAGAUAACAGAGCCGGUUCAAAGAGACACACUAAUAAAAGCCCUGUGAACUGACUGCAGGUCAGAGAUGUAGCUAGCACUGAAUGGUACAAAUCAUUAUUUUACGAUGCUUGAACUUUGUUGUAUAACCAACAUUUUAAUUGUUUUAAGGUUGUACAUAAUUACAUAUUUAAAUUUAUGAUAAUUUUACAUACGGCUACUGAACUAAAAGAAGAUCCUUAAAUAAUAAAACUAAAAUGAAAUGAUA